AUGGGCGGCCGGGUCGUUUGCUGCGUGCUCAUCUUUUGCGCUCCCGCGCUUCCUCUCUCGCUGCACCGACAGCCGUCGGGGGUAAAACAGCUGCACGCCCGUGCUGCCUCGCCACUCCGGAGGGCUGCGCUGGUCGUCGCGUCUUCGUCGCUCUCCCUGAGGCGGUUCGAGAGCGACGAGGGCGGCGGCGGCGGGUCCGGUGUCGACGCGUGGAUUCCCACCUCGCUCGUCACCACUGCCGCGAGAGACCCGUACAAGGUCGCUCUGCGCGUGCUGCCGAUGCUCCUAGUGCACGUGGCGUGGGCGAGCCUCAUCGUCGCCGUCCGGCACUGCGUCCGCUUCAGUAAGCCGUGGGCGGUCUCGCCGCUGCUGCACACGCUGCUUGGCGGCGUCCUCGGGCUGCUGCUAGCCUUCCGGACCAACCAGGCGUGGAAUCGGUACUGGAGCGCGGCACAGGCGUGGUCAGACGUGCACCGCGGCUGCCACAGCCUGGCGAGGCUCGCGUCUCAGCUGUCGGUGGCGCUCGACCCGAUCGUGUACGCCUCGAUGAUGAGGCGAUUCCGAGGGGCGGGGCCGACAGAGAGGAGGGAGACGGACGAAGAGGGUAGCAUCCGUCGGAGAGAGCAGAUAGGAGAGCAGACAAGAGCCUCGACCACCUCUCCGCACCUCGGCAGGCAAGAGCCUUGCCCUCCCCGCCUCAGGCACCUCGUCGCGCUGCCCGUCGCCCUCAAGCAGCGCGCUUGGCCGGUGCUCUCGCCGGCCGAGGCUGACGCCGUCGCACGCUCGCCCGUGCCGCACCUGCUCCUGCUCACCUCCAUCUCGCUGCUGCUCCGCCCGCUGCGCGCGCGCGACGACGGCUCCGGCAAGGACAUCGCGCUCUGGGGGCAGCUCGCAGAGCUGCAGUCGGCGGCUGCGACCCUCGACCUCGCGCGCUUCCUCCUCCUCUGGCUCGCCACGCUGCCCCUCGUCCUCGUCGACCUCUUCUCCCCCCUCGUCAUCCCGCCAAUCAUCUUCGGAGAGCUCGCCAAGCUGCUCGACGAGCCGUUCGGCCGCGCAUCAGACACGCAGACGGUGCGCCGCCGCCGGCUCCAGCUGCGGCUCUGGCGACGGCGGCUCGUCUCUACUGUCCGGGGGGGCGGCGGCGGCGGCGGCGGCGGCGGCGGCGACGACGGCGGCGGCGACGACGCGGCGGCGGAGGGGGAGGGUGUCGGGCGGAGCGGUGGGCGGUGGGACGCGAUGUGGGAGCUGGUGGAGGGAGGCGGCAGCAUGCCCGAGGCAGUGCCGGUGGGCGCUUACUGCGACCGGAUCGUGACAGAGCUGCAGCAGCAGAUUGGGAUCACGCGGAUGCUGCAGCGGCGCGUCGACGGCGACAAGUGGGCGGUCACCGCCGACGAUCUCGAGUACGACGUGUCGUGGAGAGUGCCGGGCGGCGGCGAGGACGCGGACGCGGACGCGUUGGACGCGGACGCGCUGGAGGACGACGAUGACGAGGUCGAGGAGGAGGAUUAGAGUAAUGAGAGAGCCAGGCGAGAGCCGGGUUUAGAGGUGCCCCAGUUUGUUGCGGGCCGCACCGCCAGAAAGCGAAAGGUGAGAUCCUUCCAGUAGUUCUCAUGUGUGUAAACACAGAGGUCUUCACAACCC